AUCCAAAACAGCGAAAUUUUCAUUUGUUAGAGUGGUGUUCAUUUUUUAACUUAAGGGGAUAUUUAAAUAUUUUAUGGAAGCACUUUGUAUUUAUCACGAAAGAUAUUGAAAUGGAUCGAUAAAAGCGACUCGUGAAAAUUGGUUUCUUUGGCGUGGAGCUCACAGAAAAGUAGUGCUGAGGCCGAAAUCUGAAAAAUAUGGUGGAUUUAAUGGAACCAAUGUGGAUUCUAAUAACGUAACAGCAAAUCUCUUUUCCUCCCUUGAUUCGCACAAAUGGUCCCCUCAAAUUUCCCCGAGGGGAUGUCGAACUUAAAUAUUUUCGAUUUGUGAUGGGUUGUAUGAGUUCCAAAUUGGUGCCUGAGGGCCCGGGGAAUCAAUCCGUCGUACAGGUCUAUAACAAUGAGCGCAACAGAGAAUACAAUCAUCGAAAUCCACAUCAGAAGCAUUCUAAGGAUGCAAGGGACUCCGUCGGGCCACCGACGGACGGACAAAACGGACAGAGGAAUAACCGAAAAGUGAAAAAGUACCGUGAUAAGUUUGAUCCACGAGUGACGGCAAAAUAUGAUAUAAAGGCAUUAAUUGGAAGAGGCAACUUCAGCAAAGUUGUCCGAGUUGAACACAGGGUGUCCAAGCAGCCUUAUGCAAUAAAAAUGCUGGACAGAGUGCAAGGGAGGGAAGUUUUCGAAUCGGAGGUAGCGGUCCUUCGGAGAGUGAAACACAAUUACAUAAUUCAGUUAAUUGAGGUUUUCGAAACGAAGGAUAAAGUGUAUAUGGUUAUGGAAUUAGCAACUGGUGGAGAAUUAUUUGACCGUAUUAUUGCGAAAGGUUCCUUCAGUGAGAAGGAUGCUACCAGGGUACUGACCAUGGUCUUAGAUGGUGUGAAAUACUUGCACGGAUUAGGAAUUACUCACAGAGAUUUGAAACCUGAAAAUUUACUCUAUUAUCAUCCGGGUCAUGAUUCCAAAAUUAUGAUCACUGAUUUCGGUUUGAGUGCCACGAAAAAAGGAGCGGAUCAAUUCAUGAGAACCACAUGUGGCACACCCGAAUACAUUGCACCCGAAAUUAUUGCCAGGAAACCUUAUACAUGCCAAGUGGACAUGUGGGCCGUCGGUGUGAUAACAUACAUUCUACUUAGUGGUACUAUGCCAUUUGACGAUGAAAACAAAACAAGAUUAUAUCGUCUCAUCCUCAAAGCAAAAUACAGCUAUGCCGGGGAGCACUGGAAGGAUGUGACACCAUAUGCUAAAGAAUUUAUCGAUAGACUUCUUGUUGUCGAUCCAGAACACAGGAUGACGUCAGAGGAAUCCCUAAAACACCAAUGGCUAACGAAUGCUAAUGCUGCCGGCAGCAAAAAUCUCCACCGUACGAUUAGCCAAAAUCUCAUUCAUCGUCAGUCUAUCCGAAGCUCCAAGAGUGCCAAGUCGACCCGCUCUACAAAGAGCAACAAAUCAAACCGUUCAGGAAGAUCCCUUCGAUCCGAGCAUCGCCGAGUUAUGCCGGAAGAAAUCGACGAGCUACUCCGGGACCCGGAUGUGCAGGCAGACUUGAUGUCCAUUGGUUGAAAAUGAGGAUAUUUUACUUGAAAAAUUAUUAUUUCUUCACAAAAUCAGGGUCAGUUUCACACCAUCUAGGAUUAUCACUAAAGUUUCAUGGUGCUUUGUAAUCAUUUCACUUGUUCUAAGAAAAUCGCCGCCAUUUUAAAAGUUUAAAUAAUGAAGGUAAUGGCGAGGGCCAUCGGUCUUAUUUCGAAGCAUCUGGGUGUGAAGAUUCAGUACCCUUCUAGGUGUCUGAUGCAUUAGUGCCAAACACAAACCAAUCUACUGUGAUAUGGUCUUUUAAUUCAAUUUUAAACUCCAUUUGAGUUGAUUAAUACUACUAAUAUAUAUAUAUAUAGAGAGAGAGAGUACUCCAAUCUCAAAAGCUCGUAGCAGUGAUUAAACAAUCCAAUGAGAUUAACACAAAGCUUUUCAUCUUUGGCAGAUGAAUUUUGGUAAUACAACUGAUAAUCCGAUUUGUUUUUAUAUACUUACCCGAUCAAAUGAAUUUCUUCAAACAAUUCUAAAAAUAGUUCAUAUCAAGUACAUUGCAUAUUAUAUUACAUUACACUGUAAAUUUCCUCCCACCAAUCUAGUCACGUGAUUAAGUACAUUUGUUUUCCUUUAAUUACAUUUCCUUUUUACAUUAUCGUAUUGCACUUUAAAUAUAAAAGUAAGGGAAUGAAGUUAAAGGAAAAUGCGUACAGUACUUAUGUUAAUUGUAUAUAUGUAAAUUUCCGUUGAAUUAAAGAUAUUUUUUGCAUUUAUGUUUUUAUAUUUAACAUGUUAAAGAGCCAGGGAUUUUUACAUGAAAAAAAAAAUUAAGACAGAGCGUCACAGUUUUUUGUACUUUCAUUCAUGUCCAUAUACAUGUAGUUUCAUAUAUAUAUGUUGAAUGUAGAAUUCUGAAAAGAAUAGUUUCAUCUGUUAAAGAAUGGCAAAUUGAUAUUUAUUGAAAGUUAACAUUUAUUUUUGCAACCUAAACUCUGCUGAUGACAUUUGUAUAAGAAAUAUCUGUUUGUUGUUCACUUUAAGAACAUUUUAGUGUAUCAUAAGUGAAUUUUGCCAAACUGACGGGUGUAAUACAUUAUAUUCUAACAAAUAUAUCGACUGCUGAUCUGUUUUCUUUAGUUAAUUAAGUGCUAUUAUUUUUUUCCUUGUUGAUGUUUUGUUAAAACAGCAAAAUUGUUAAUACCUUUCUUUGUUUAACUCUUAUUGUGCCAUUUCAAAGAAACUUCAGAUACGACUGUGAAAAGGUUUUCAAAAAUAUGAUUUUGAAAUUUCUGAUUUAAGAAGUUAUGUUUUGUUUAAAAGUGCUUCUAAACUGCUAAACUUGACAUGUUUUGUGAAAAACCGUUUUUAAUUUGUUAUAAAAAGAAUUCAUGGUUUAUGUGAAUUUUGUAUUGCAUACACAAAAUGUGGUUGUUUAUUUUUAUUCCUCACUUUGUAGCAUAGCUUAAUAUAUGUACUACAUAAUUAUGUUACAAUAUUUUAUCAGUUGUUAUUUAAAACCAAGUAUUACGAUUUUUUUAAAAAAAUUUUUUAGUCUUUUUAUUUACCGUAAUGUGCCUUGAAGAUUUUGUUAUGAGUUUGAGGCUAACCGUCCAAAGUGGAAAUUUUAACUUUUACAUUUGUUUUGCCUGUAGAGUCACAGAAAACCGUCCUUGGAUUUAUUACAUGGCACAUGUGAUAAAGCCAUUAUUUACCGAAUAAUUUACCAUUAAUGGAAACUUUUAAUGUGCAAAUGGUAUUUGAAAAAAAGUUUUCUCGGCAAUAAUAGAUCUGUGAUUUUUAUAAAAUAUGCUAUAGAAAAUAUAUUGUGUUAAUAUCUCAUUUUCCAUUAUCAAUCUGAUGCCACAAUGUAGUCUACAGUAAUGGCUGCGAUGUGACAUGAAUUUGUUAACACGUGAUAAAAAUGUCAUCUUCUAUCUCAGUAGAUGUUAUAAACUUAAUAAAAUUGAUAUUAAUGAUUAAAA